CAACUCUCUUAUGGAGGGUAGGACGUACAUAGGCACAUAGGCAGACGCAAACACAGUUAUCCCAUACAUCAAUAGAAGAGUGAGUGGCAAUUUUGCACGAAUACGAGGACAAUUACCCUGAAAUGAAGAAAGUAUCGAAAAUAGGACGCUCAAAGAUUGGGAUGUUCUUUAACCAUACACCAGCGCAGAAAGAUUCACCAUCGGACGAUAUUGUUCAACGUCUACUGGAAGAAAAUUGCAAAUUGCGCCAAGACCUUAGUGAUGCCAACAAUCGAAUUCGUGAGCUGGAAGAGAAAGUAGAAUCAGUGUCAGCGACAAAAGAAAUACAGGAACACAAAACAUCGAUUGCUGCGCCAAAAUCAACUCUAUUAGAAACUCACGUUAUGGAAAAGCAAGACACAAUAGAUGAUCGAGAUGAUAGUUCUCAUAUUUCCAAUGACGAAUCUGAGUUUGACACCGACGAUUUUAGUAUUGAAUUGGACGUAUCCACGGUGGAAUUGACGAUGCAGCGAUAUCAGUCGCAAGAACUGUUGGACAAUGACGAAUUGCAAUCGACAACUUCUUCUGCCUGCACAACUCCCACGGGUAAUGACAAGGAAAGUAAUAACCGCCGYCGACAGUCGCAACUGCGGCGGCGAYUGCGAGGUAACGGGAAAAGUCCCAAUUUKUAUACUCAGCAACGAAGUCUUUUGGAUAUUUAUGGGUAUGAUGACGAUUCGGUCAGCGUUACAAGUGACCUUUCAUGCUCUGUUGCUUCAUCAMGAUUGACAAAAGGCAAUUCGUUUUCGGAAGGCGGUUCACUUAUGUCGGGUAGAAGGCUGCCGUUGUAUGACAUGAAAUCUUUGCUYAGGAUUAGUUCGACCGAUUCGGAUGUGAUUUCUAGAUCGAUGUUGGACAACGAAUCUACCUUGCUUGGUGAGAUUUGAAGUGUUGAGUCUCUUUUCAUUUCGACUCAAUUUUACAAGUUAUAAUGUGAUCAGUAUCUGUUUCAGAAAAGAGCGAUAACAGUAGAAACACGACGUGAAAGUACUGAUUCGGAACAUAUUGUGAUGCAUCUCACUUGUAUGUAGCAACAACAKUUUCGUCAGUUCGGCCUAAUCCACUUCCAUCUUGGAAACACUUGGCUUCAAAUACUACACACAACAUCUCUGAUCUAAAUAUAUGCCGAGUCAAGGCAAAGAUAAGUUAAAGCAUCUUUGGUAUUUGAUGGACAUAACGAUGCAAUUGUAAUAAAAGGAAUUUCAGUGU